AUGACGCCGGUGCUACUGUUCACCGAGUGCCGCCCGCCGCCGAACCUCUUCCGUUGCCGCGAUCUGGUGAUGAACGAGGGGCCAAUCUGGCUCUACCACGUGGCACCCGCCGCCAUGCGUGAGCGUCUGCAGCCAAUCGGGUCGUGCCAGCUGGCGCACCCGACGACCCUGGCGGAAGGGGGCCGCAGGGCGGAAGGGGGAAUGCAGAAGGGGCGGGACGUGGUGCAGCAAAUAGGAGAAGCGCGCGAAGAGGAACUGGUGGACGCGCCGCGGGGAGCGCGAGGUUCGGCGCGGGAACUGCUGGAGUCGCGGACACCCCAAGAGGUGCCGCGACCGGGGGCGCGAGUACCAGCGCGAGCAGCGUCGCGGGCCGCGCCGCGAGUGGCGUACGCGUCGGUGCUGCACACGACAGAGGACUACGUGUGCGGCGCGAUCGUACUCGCUAGGAGCCUGAAGAAGAGCGGCACGAAGGCGGACCUGGUGCUGCUGGUGUCGCGGGAAAUCAGCCGCAAGAGCCGCACGGGACUGAAGAAGGCGGGAUGGCGGCUCAAAGAGAUCGAACGGAUUCGUAACCCUCGCGCCGUGCCCAACAGCUAUAACGAAUGGAACUACAGCAAGCUGCAAUUGCUGCUAACACAUGCCCUCCUUCUCCCAUCUCCCCCACCUUUCCCCUUCCCACCAGCAAGCUGCGUCUUUGGCAGCUCGAGGAGUACGACAAGCAAGCUUCGUCUGUGGCAACUCGAGGAGUACGACAAGGUCAUAUUCGUCGACUCGGACGUCCUCGUUUUAAAGAACAUCGAUUUCCUCUUCAGCUACCCCGAGCUCUCGGCCCGCGCCAACGCGCGCCACCUCUUCAACUCCGGAGUCAUGGUUCUAGAACCUUCCAACUGCACCUUUAAUCUCUUCAUGCGCCACGUCACCACCCUCACCUCCUGCAACGGCGGCGACCAAGGCUUUUUAAAUAAUGUUUUCGCGUGGUGGCACCGGCUGCCCGAGUCGGUCAGCAUGCUGAAAUAUUCCUGGAACGGGGACACCGGUGCGGGUGGGACGGCGCAGCGGGCGGCGAAGCGGGCGGCGCAGCAGGCAGCGCAGCGGGCGAUGCUUGACUUAGUUUUUUCGGCAGAGCCUGCGAGAGUGCAUGGGAUUCACUACCUGGGGCGGAAGCCAUGGCAGUGCUACCGGGAUUUCGACUGCACGUGGCUGUAUCCGUGGGACCACCAGUACGUGAGCGACGCCGCCCAUGCCCGCUGGUGGGCACAGCACGACCUCAUGCGCCCUUCUUUGCAGGAAUACUGCUGGCUGCCCAACAGGUGGAAGGUGGAGAUGGAGUAUCGCAGGCGAGUGCUCAAGAAGGAGAAAGCUCCUGCAGCAUUGCCAUACAAGUCCCCCUCUCAAGAUUAUUUAAACCCUUCUCCCACCCCUCUUCUGGCAGACAUCAGGUGGAAGGCGGAGAUGGAGUAUCGCAGGCGAGUGCUCAAGAAAGAAGUCGUCUGCUGCAUGACAGGGUGA